AUGGCAGUAUUUAAAAGUCAUUAUUACAAAAUUAAUUUGUUUUAUUUGAAACUUUUGGGAUUAUGGCCAUUUGAUAAAAAAUUUGUCAAUAAAACAAAAAACGUGACUAUCAUUUUACUAAUUACUUCUCUGUGUAUACCUCAAGCAAUAAAACUAUGGGAAGAAUGGGGAAAAAAUGCUAACAUUAUGCUCGAGACAUCGGGCUCUCUAAUGUAUUUUGGGAUGUCUCAAAUCAAGUAUAUGAGCUGCAUUAGAGUCCAACCAAAGAUGAAGUAUCUUUACGAAAAAAUAAUGAGGCAUUGGAGCACAUUUUCAAGCCAAGAAGAUAUCAAUAUGUUACGAGAGUGUGCAACAAUUGGUCGGAAACUAACGAUAGGAUAUGCAGUACUUGUCAACGUUGCUUUAACGGCAUAUCUGAGCUUGCCACUUGUACCAGUUUUAUUGGAUGUGGUGAAACCGUUGAAUGAAACUCGACCUCGAGUUUUCCCUUACUUUGCCGAGUACUUUGUCGAUGAUCAAAAGUAUUACUUCCAACUUUCGGUUCACGGAUGGGUCGUAUGUACAAUCUCUGCUCAGCUUUACGUUGUAUUCCAUACAAACUGCAUUCAAUGUGCUCAACAUGCUUGUGGACUUUUUUUGUGCGUCGAACAACGUUUACAAAGAGCCACUGCAAUAGCAACAAACAAGACAUUUUUAAGCAAGACAGAAAGAGAUGCCAAAGUUUACCUUAAUAUAGUAGAUGCUGUCCACUUGCAUAAAGAAGCCAUACAAUGUGUAAAUCUGAUGGAUGACAGUUUCACUCUUUGCUACUUUGUCAUCGUAAUAUUUGGCACGAUAAUAAUCAGCUUUGCUGCUGUGGUCACUCUAUUGAGAUUCGAAGCCGGUGAAAUGGAACAGACAAUCAGAUUUGGUGGCCUGUACAUUGGCUUCACGGCACUUUUGUUCGUCAGUAUGUAUCCCGGUCAGACGAUCGCGGAAAGCAGUGCGAAUGUAAAAAAUGCAGUUUUCCACAGCAAUUGGUUCAACACAUGUCCCAAAUCCAAGCAGCUGAUUAAGAUUAUAAUGUUGCGUAGUUCGGUACCAUGUCAGUACACAGCGGGUAAACUUGUGACUUUGAAUUUCGAAAGUUUUGGAUUCGUGUUCAAAAAAUCGGUGUCUCUAGUAACGAUAAUCGCGUCAAUACGAUAA